AAGAUGAAGGCGGAGAAUUGAAGGGGGUAGAUGUGAGUAAUGGCACUGAAGCUGAGAGUGUUACCUUCACUUCAAUUAAGCACUGCUCUCCCUACGUUAUCAUUCUCACUCUCACAACCACGUUCUCUUGGUUUUCGUGCAUUGCGGUCACACCCAAACACCAUAGCCACACCUGCAUCACCAACGAGACUAAUGAUUCGUGCUGCUAGAACCGAGGCCAAAGCUGCAACCUUGGGCUCCAGAGCACCUCAAUUUCAGCUUCCAGAGCCUCUUACUGGUAAAGUUUGGUCAUUGGAGGAUUUUGAAGCAUAUCCAGCUCUACUGGUUAUGUUUAUAUGCAAUCACUGUCCAUUUGUUAAGCAUUUGAAAAAGGAUAUUGUAAAGCUUACGAAUUUCUAUAUGGAGAGAGGACUUGCCGUGGUUGCCAUUUCUUCGAAUUCCGUAGCCACUCACCCCCAGGAUGGACCGAAAUUCAUGGCAGAAGAAGCUAAGUUGUUUAGCUAUCCUUUUCCAUACUUGUAUGAUGAGUCACAGGAUGUUGCACGAGAUUUUGGAGCAGUUUGUACACCUGAAUUUCUUCUCUACAAAAAGGAUGGUCGGAGGCCGUUUGAGCUGGUUUAUCAUGGUCAGUUUGAUGAUUCGCGACCAAGUAAUAAUGUACCAGUGACAGGAAGAGACUUGAGCUUAGCAAUAGAUCGCGUUUUGAGUGGCCAGCCAGUACCUUCAGAGCAAAAGCCUAGUGUUGGAUGCAGCAUAAAGUGGCACCCAUAGAGGAAAUCUUGAUCUGUAAAUUGUAUUUAUCUUGGAUAAGAUACUAGCCAUUUGUUCUUUCCUUUUCCAUUCAGUCUAUCAGGUAAGUGUGAGGUACAAGACGAUGGGGUAACUUGUGGUUCUUCUAUUUGCUGGAUAAGUCAUGUUGUAUACGACUAUGUAUGUACAAAAUGAGAAAGCAUUCAGUCACAUUAAGUUCGGGUAUCUAUGUUCUUUGCUUAUUAUGUGGUAAUAUAUAAUAUAGAAAUUUCUAUCUCAUGGAUAAGAUUUUAUAUUAUUUGUAUCUCCUUUAAAAUAAAAUUAUAGCGAUUUUCUUCC